AUGAAGUUCCAAGUUGGAGAGAUUCUGGACAAAGAGAACUUCACCUCCGUGUGUCCGUACUCGACCAUUGCCGUAAAGGCUGACUUGAUCAACAUGCCCUUUUGGUCUAAGCUCUCGGAUGAUGAGAGGGCGAUGUUUAUGAUCCUUGCGCUGGGUUGCUUCGGCUCUCUGACUGGCCUCGCUUGCACCUACUUCCUUUCUCCAUACGUUUCCAACCAGCCUGAAGAAGAAUCGGAAGACGAAAUGGUCGAUGUCGAGCCAGUGCAUGGUGACGAUGAGAAUCCCAGCCUGCGCCGCUUCAACCUGCUCACUGGGGAGGUCGAAACCAGCGAGCGUCACGGUCGCACAGGUGCACGUCGGCAGCGCCAGCGCCGCCGCAAAGGUGCCGCCUCACGUUUGGCGAGUGCAAUGGAGCGACGGGCUGCUUUGGCUGUGGCUAGCAGACUAGCAAGCUGGCUUCAAGAACAAAGUCCACCUGCGACGGGCUGCAGCAACUGCGACCAGUUCGCUUCUCACAUUUGCUUCCCCUGCAGUCAUCUUUGCCUCUGCGUGGCAUGUGCUGAAGAUCUGGUGCGCAGCACCGGGCGUGGCUUUCAGGAGGUGUUGCCAGAAGAUACUAUGGCUGGGCGGCCAUCUUGCCCUGUUUGUGGGCAGUUCGUCUUCUGCGUCAUCGAUGCCAAGCCUGCGAAGGUUUUCGAGGUGCCUGGGCCUCUGGACAUAGCGGUGACCGCCGCUGCCGCGGUCAUGGCUUACGCCGCUUUCGAACCCUUGGUGCAUUUCCUAGCGAACGAAUGGAGAACGCGUAGAGCGGCCAUGGCUCCCAUCAGAUGGAGAUGGAGUGCCGCAGCACGCCAGGUGUCCCGUGGUGCUGGCAGUCUCGCCUCAUGUCGGCGAAGACUGAACCCAGGUGUCGUGCACCAGACUGGUCGGAGCUGGGGAUGUCAGCUCAGGACGUUUGCGGCGACACCAGGUGCGAACUUCGAGAAUCAGCUGAUGCCAGAGGACAUUCUGCAUCUACGUGCCAUGUCCAUGACCAUCAUGCAGGAUCCCAUCUGUGAGCUCAAAGCUGAAGAGGUGGAGCGCUACGUUCUUGACCUUAGUGAUCCCAUCGGCGAGUUGCCACUCUGGCAUCCGCGAAGGCUCGCGCACCAGAUUGGUGAUCCGUUUCGGGUGCGGAAGUUGACGGUGGCUAGGUACCACAAGCUGAUCUUAGAGCGACUUGAUAACGAACCCCUGCUUGAUGCAUUCGGCGUGGAUGCGGGUUUCAACAUGCAGUCCUACUUCAUGAUCCUGCACGCUUGGCUGAUCCACCAGCGUCUGGUACUGGAGGGCUCCAAGGCCAAAAAGAUCGACGAAGAGUUGUUCGAGCACUGCUGGAACAUGACAAGGUCCUGGCUCGUUCUGAAGCGUGUUCCCGAGUAUAGAUUCGACGCCGAACUGCAGAACGUUCAAGAGUACAUGCUUGGAGCCUGCAUUGCCAUGGAUAAGGCACUCGAGAGGCCAGAUGUGCUUCCAGCCCGAGUGCAGCAGUGCCUGUGGGCCAACAUGUACUCUGGAUCUGUCAAUAAGGACCACAAGGGCCUGACGCGCCUGACAAAGUACAUGCUGCGACAGCUUGGCCUAAUGCUUCAGCUGGACUCUGACCGCUUCCUCAGCGGUCAAUUUGUUUGGGCAGACUUCCCAGUUCGCGACAAGCCGCGGAAGCCAUUGGCGCUGCCGGAGUGGCGCGCAAGGUUCCGAGUUGAAAUCGAGGAGAACAUCGAGCACAUGGAUCCCACAAACCCCACGAAUCCGUUCCGCGACCGGGUUCUGAGCUCGCCAGAGCCGAAAGACAAGCUGGGCAAGUAG